CACACACUUUUUCACAUACCCCCCUCUCUGCCACACACACACACACACACACACACACACACUUUGCAUUCUGCAGAAUGAAACCUGCCUGACUUUAAAUCUCUAGACCAACAUCCAGGCAAUGAUUUCUGCAGAAUUCUCACCAACAUUCUUUCCUUUCAACCCACAUCCAAAACAGAUCACGCAUUCUCCUCACCAUCACUCUCUUAUAACCUGCAAAAACCCAAACCCAAAUCCCAACACUAACCCAAAACAGAGCCUGACCCAUUCAAAUGUCAAAAUUUCUGCCAACUUAAAACCAGCCCACUUGCAGUCAUACACUUAUAAAGAAACCCAUUUCAUGAAACUGCUAAACAGGUCCUGCAAAGUAGGCAAAUAUGAUGAAGCACUUUAUUUCUUGGAACUUAUGGUUGGUAAAGGCUAUAAACCUGAUGUUAUUUUAUGUACAAAGCUCAUUAAAGGUUUCUUUAAUACUAAACGGGUCGAAAAGGCGGUCAAAGUUAUUCAGAUAUUGGAAACAUAUGGUGAAAUAGAUGUGUUUGCUUAUAAUGCAGUGAUCAGUGGUUUUUGUAAGUUGAAUCAGAUUGAUUCUGCUAACCGGGUUUUGGACCGAAUGAGGAAACAUGGGUUUUCGCCCGAUGUGGUUACUUAUAAUAUAUUGAUUGGUAGUUUAUGUAGCAGAGGGAAACUUGGGUUAGCUAUGAAAAUGUUGGAACAGUUGUUGCAGGAUAAUUGUAACCCGAGUGUUAUUACGUAUACGAUUUUGAUUGAGGCGACAAUACUUGAAGGUGGAAUUCAUGAAACAAUGAAGUUAUUAGAUGAAAUGUUGUCUAGAGGGCUUCAACCUGAUAUGUAUACUUAUAAUGCUAUAAUUAGAGGGUUAUGUAGAGAAGGAAUGAUGGAAAAAGCGUUUGAAUUCGUUAGGAGUUUGCCGUCUAAAGGGUGUAAACCUGAUGUGAUUUCUUAUAAUAUCUUGUUGAGAGCAUUGUUGAAUCAGAGGAAAUGGGGUGAUGGGGAGAGAUUAAUGGAGGAAAUGUUUUCAAGAAACUGUGAACCGAAUGCGGUUACUUAUAGUAUUUUGAUUAGUUCGUUGUGUCGUGAUGGAAAAGUGGAUGAAGCUUUGAACUUGUUGCAAAUUAUGGUAGAGACUGGACUUGUUCCUGAUGCUUUUACAUUUGACCCUUUGAUUUCUGCAUUUUGUAAAGAAGGCAGACUAGAUGUAGCGAUUAGUUUUUUGGAUUACAUGAUUUCGAGUGGUUGUUUACCCGAUAUUGUAAAUUACAACACGGUGUUAUCGGCUUUAUGUAAAAAUGGAAAUGCAGAGGAAGCUAUGAUGAUAUUUGAAAUAUUAGGCGAAACUGGGUGUCCACCUGAUGUAAGUAGUUAUAAUACAAUGAUAAGUGCUUUAUGGUAUAACAAAGAAAGGGAAAAGGCUUUGAAUUUGGUUUCAGAGAUGAUAAUGAAAGGUGUUGAGCCUGAUGAGAUCACAUAUAAUGCACUUAUUUCGUGUUUGUGUAGAGACCGGAUGGUGGAUGAGGCAAUCGGGCUGCUGGAAAGUAUGGAAUAUAACGGAUUUAUACCAAGUGUAAUAACUUACAAUAUUGUGCUUCUUGGGUUAUGUAAAGCGCAUAGAAUUGAUGAUGCAAUUCGUGUUUUAGAAGAAAUGGUGGAAAGGGGUUGUAAACCGAACCAAACGACCUAUAUUUUGUUGGUAGAAGGGGUCGGGUUUUCAGGUAGACGAGCUGAAGCAGUGAAUUUGGGUAAUUCCCUGUUCAAAAUGAAAGCAAUCUCAGAAGAAUCGAUGAAACGCCUGAGAAAGACUUUCCCCUUGCCAGACUCUCAAGAAAACUUGAUCUAAGAAUUACUGGUACAGUUGAAAAAGGACUAAUGAUCAACAAAGGUAUGCCAUUUAUAAAAGUUUUUUUUGUUGUUGAAGAACAGGGAAAAAUUGGAAAAAAAGCAUUAAAAUUUACCAGGCUUCAUGUAUGGAAUACGAGAAAAACAAGUAGAUAUCGGCAGUGAUGUACUGAAUUAACAUUCUUUUGCAGUUCUCUUCAGAGAGAUAUGACA